CGAGCACCUCCAAGAUGGCGGCGUCCAUCCAGAACAGCUGUCAGCUCAUUUUAUGUUGACAAAACGCGAGCAAUAACUCAUCGAAACAAAGUAAAACACUCGACGAAACGAAUAACAGAGUUUUGGCCACUGGACAUGUCGGCUACAGGCGGGUUGCCAGGUUUCAUAGCGGUUUAAGAGAGACGGUAAUCGUCGGUUCUUCUGCUAUGGCCACCGACAACAGGAUUCAUUUCUGGAGAAGAAACGCAAAGGUUCCCGGAAGAUUUAAAGACCCUCCUAAAGCCAGCAGUAUAAACACCAAAUCCAAAAAGGCGUCGACAUUCCAUGAAUUUGCACGGAGUACCAAUGAUGCGUGGGACAUUGAUGAUGAAGAGGAUGAUGGUGUAUUCAGUCUCAAACAGACCUCAUCCUCACCCGUCCAAUCACGGUCCAUGCCUCAAACUCCCAGCCUCAAAUUCUCCAAAGCCCUGGAGGACACAGAGCCACAGCUCCACCUACCAGAGAGGCAGGAGCCAAUCAGCACAGAGCCUGAUCUAGAUCAACUAGACGUUGAGAGCGGUUCAACCAAUGGCAGGGUGGUGAAGUCCUGUAGUGAAGUCCAGCUAAACGUUAAUGCAGCACGCAAUACCCUGCAUAAACAGCAGUCACUUCCUGUACGGCCCAUCAUACCGUUGGUUGCCCGCAUUUCGGACCAAAACGCCUCAGGAGCUCCACCCAUGACAGUGAGAGAGAAAACUCGAUUGGAUAAAUUUAAACAGCUGCUUGCAAGUCCUAACACAGACCUGGAGGAGUUACGAAAGCAUAGUUGGUCGGGAAUCCCACGUGAAGUUCGGCCAAUCACCUGGAGACUGUUGUCGGGCUACCUUCCAGCCAAUAAGGAACGAAGGGAUCUUGUUCUUCAAAGGAAGAGAGAGGAGUAUUUUGGCUUUAUUGAGCAGUAUUACCACUCCAGAACAGAUGAAAACCACAGAGACACAUAUCGACAGAUUCACACCGAUAUCCCGAGGACAAACCCUUUGAUUCCUUUGUUCCAGCAAUCUCUUGUGCAGGAGGUGUUUGAAAGGAUUCUGUUCAUCUGGGCCAUCCGUCACCCGGCGAGCGGAUACGUGCAAGGCAUUAAUGACCUGGUUACACCUUUUUUUGUGGUUUUCCUUUCUGAAUUUGUAGAGGAGGAUGUCGAAAAUUUUGAAAUGGCGAGCUUACCCCUGGAUACGCAGAGAAACAUCGAGGCCGACAGCUUUUGGUGCAUGAGUAAAUUGCUGGAUGGGAUUCAGGACAACUACACCUUCGCCCAGCCUGGGAUUCAGAUUAAAGUGAAGGCGCUGGAGGAGCUCGUCAGCAGAAUAGAUGAGGAUGUCCACACGCAUUUUCAGAAGUGUGAAGUGGAGUAUCUGCAGUUUGCUUUCCGCUGGAUGAAUAAUCUACUGAUGAGGGAACUGCCCUUACGAUGUACCAUCAGACUGUGGGACACCUACCAGGCGGAGUCAGAGGGCUUCUCUCAUUUCCACCUCUACGUCUGCGCAGCUUUCCUCAUCAAAUGGCGGAAGGAGAUCCUCUCCAUGAUGGACUUUCAGAGCUUGCUAAUGCUCCUGCAGAACCUUCCCACAAUACACUGGGGCAAUGAGGAGGUGGGGUUGCUUCUGGCUGAGGCCUACAGACUCAAAUACAUGUUUGCUGACGCACCAAGCCACUACAAGAGAUGAGAAUCCAACGCCGGACAGCACAAAAACCCAGACAAUGAUCUGUCCUAACAAUGGCAUCUGUCCAGUCGCCACUUUAAUCUGACACAUGGAGCGGAGAUAGAGCUCAACAAUUUUGUCCCAUGACGUCAAAUGUGUGUCGUCUGUUACGAUUGACGAUCAAGGAUAAAAUCGAGUAAAUAACCACAAUCAUUGGAUAUUUUGGAAAAACUACAAUUUCUGUGGCUGACAGAUUCAUUUGCCUGCGGAUUAUUUAUUAAGAUUACUGACAAAAAGAUACCAAGCGUCAGACUAAAGUGGAAAGAUGUGGCGUUUUUUAAAAGCAGCUGGACUUUGCUUUUUCCCACAUCUUCCUUCAUUUAUUAUUUCUCCUGAUGUGGAGAAACAAGAUCACCUUCCAGUGCCCUCAUGUUUUGUGUUAUUACACCAUAAUGUGAUCCUCUUGGCCUCUUUUGCUCAUUGCGACAUUGAUUGUACCACAGGCAGGUACAUGGGUCGAUUCCCGUCUGUAAUCACUCGCAGACGCUAUUAUUGAAGAUCGGCAAUACACGAAACUAUGGCAGCCUCCAAGAGCCAUUUUUCAAGAGACGCAGUCGAGCAUUACAUUUGGACCAAUUUGACGAAUCGAUUGGCAACUGACUGAGCGAUGUGUUUCGUUUUUAUGUUUAUUAGACUUUAAAGGCUGUGAAUUUUAACAAUGUAAAAUUGACAGCCCAGUUCGUUCUUAAGUGGCAUUGUAUGCAUAUGAUCCUCUUGCACAAAGAUCGUGGUACUUUUUUUAGGUGGAUGACUACUGAGGUAAUGUUUUAACACAAACAGCUGAAUCAAACUGAUCUGGUUUGUGGGUGAUUAUAUAAUUGAAGGUUCAUUUGGUCUCCAAAGUCAUUUUAUUAAGCUUUUUCAAAUGGUUACAUUUCUAAUUAUGUUAAUAAUUUGGUACUCUUUAGCUGCGUUUCCAUAAGUUUUGCAAAUUAAAAAUGCACCCAAUUGAAAAUUAUUUGCAAUUUUGCAUAAACUCCCAUAUAUCGCUAAAAGUUUUUAAGCUUGGGUGAAGUGCUUUGCAGGCAAUUCAAAAAAGAAAUACAUUGCAAAACUGCAUUUUUUUCCAUAUUUACAGGGGACUUGUGAUGUCCGUAAAAGUCACAUGAUCAUUCUGUAAAUAUGGCGUGUGUAUUUGAUUGGAGGACGAGGCAGAAAAGUUCUUUUCGACUGCAAUUAUUUUUGGUUGACAUUUUGGGAAUAGCACUUAAGUCUUUCUUUUUUCUCUCUCUUACCCAUAAUGGGUAAAUAUUUGAUAGACCACACCACUGGGUUAAAAUUGACCCAGUGCUGGGUUGUUUUAUGAGUGCUGGGCAAAGAUUAAUCGCGAUUUAUCGCAUACAAAAUUAAAGUGAUUUUUUACAUAAUAUAUGUGUGUACUGUGUGUAAUUAUUAUGUUUAUUUAACCACACAGACUAACAUAUAUUCAUUUCAGAAUUUUUUUUUUUUUUUUACAUUUAUAUAUCAUAUAGAAUAUAUAAAAAUAUAAAUAAAUAUACAAAUGUAAAUGUUUCUUAAAUACAUACAUGAAUGUGUGUGUAUUUAUAUAUACAUAAUAAUUACACACAGCACACACUCAUAUAUUAUGCAAAAAAAAAAUACUUUUUUUGUAUGCGAUUAAUCGCGAUUAAUCUUUUCCCAGCACUAGUUUUAACCCAACUGCUGGGUUAUUAUACCCCAUGGUUGCAUAACAACAACCCAACAUUGGAAAUAUGAUAUUGUUACGGCCUUUUUUAAUCCAUGACGAUGCGUACCAAAUUUUUAAAAUAAUUAAAAGAAUAAAUAAUGACUUUGACACCAAAUGUACCUGUGAUUAUAUAAUCCCCCUUAUAUGAAUGAUUGAGUAUAAUAUGAAGUGAUAUUAGACCAACAGAACAAUAUUAUCUAGUGAAAACCGAAGGGUUUUUGUUGUUUUUACUCUAGGCACUGAGCGGUGUGGUACUUUACCGUGUUUUUCAGGUAUCUUUUAACCAAACUCUGAGCAGCUGGUCUUGGCCCAAUCCCAAAUCAUAAUCUUAAGUACUGUUAGUGAAAGAGUAAAUCUAGCCUCGGAUCGUCACGAACCAUUGGCACAUUCAUUCAGUCUCCCAGGGCAACAGAUUUAUGCAGAUGUUUAUGCUAAUAAGAUGCAGAUGAUUUGAUUAUCUUUGAACCCACAUCUCACCUCUUGCUACAUUUAUUAACUCCAGCGAUUAAUUGUUAAAGUCGAAUCUUCAAUUACGCCAUUCUUCCUUUUCACAGUUAAAGUGUAAUCUUUAUAAAUCAGUGCAUAUUUUCUUUUUAAAAAAUGAUCGUCUCGAAUAACGUUGCAAUCACCGUGGACCAAAACCUUGCAUGGAUAAUCUAAGUAAUAAAUGAAUGAUGCGUCUUCUGCUCUAAUUAUUAAAGCGAAUGAAUUGUAUUGAUUAGAAAGAGGUUUCGGACCGGUUGAAGUGAUGCUGAACGCUCGGCGCCGUGAAGGAUUUAGCGAGUUUGCUGAUGUGAAACACUUGAAUAAUGUAGAUUUGUCAGCUCGCUGUACCCUUUUCAUCUGUCAGUGAUAUUUGAAACCACCCGCACUAUACGGUCUCGCUGUUACAAUCUGUUUUCCAUGAAGCAUUUACGCUGUAUUUGACGUGAACUAGAAUGUAUUUUUGUGUCUUAAGCUUGAUGUUGCCUACUGAGAGGAUAAUUAGUUUUCUCCUCACUCCUUUAAAGUGCGCUAAUGAAAAAGCGACUUAUUUUAGAAGGUCGAAACACUGACCCUGGCCAAGAGAUGGGGUAGUAAUUAUUCAUGAAAGGGUCGUAUUUUACCACCCCGUCACGUGUGGAGUGAAGCGAGGUGCAGGUUAAGUUACGGCUUUAAUUUAGAGUCAAUAUAUAUUAACCAUUCUGGACAUUUUUUAUUUGUUGAAUGUUAUGUAAUGGCUGGAUCAAAGCACAUCUGGAUGUGUUAUAUCUGUUGCCCAUGUCUGCGUGUCAACAUGCAUUCAAGAUGUUGUUUUAAAAUGGCUUUCCUUUUAAGCUGAUGAAGUUUAAUCAUGCUCAGUAAUAAUGCACCCAACUACUAAUACGGUAAAUAAUCCAAUUUAAUGUUCAACUAAGAUUUCCUCUUUAAAUAGUCCUAUAAAGAAGUGUUAUCACUGUGAUGUGUCGGGAUGUUCUCAUGGGUGUAUUUAAUCUUUACCCUUCAUGUUCUGGAGUGCUGUCGCUUUAGUUUUCUCGUUCAGGUCCGACUCCAUUCUGGUAUAUAAAACCCACUUUUAACGAUCUUUUUAAUUGCCAAUACAGAAAAUCAAGUCCCGCUUAUACAUUUUCUUUCCUAUCAAUGUGAAGUUUCACGCAAGCUUUCCUAAAAUUGAGUUUUAUGUUGACUUAUUUAUUAAUAUUAAAGGGAUAGUUGUAGGGUUGCAAAAUCCUGGGAAUUUUUAAGGCUGGACACUUUCCAUGGGAAUUAACGGGAAUAUAUGGGAAUUAAUGGAAAGAAACAUAUAACAGGUACUUAAAUAUAGUUUUAGUCCCAUGCACACAACACACUGCUUACUGAAGGGACAUUGAGGCCACACCCCCUGCGUGUACUUAAGGCCACACCCCCUGCAUGCACUUACAUUCAUCCAUAACAUCCACAGAUCAUUUAUUCAAUCCUUCAAACAAAAUAAUGUCAAAAUGUCCAUCUUUGCAUGUAUUCGCGUAAAUGUUUUUAAAACUUCCUUGUGCUGUUUGUAAGCUAGUGUGUAACAACAUUAUAUCAUUGUAAAGACAAAUACACUGAGUGAAAAAACAUUUAGGUGAGAUCAUUAAAGAUGUACCCAGAAGCUACCCAUAAAACCACAUUCCUCUCAUAAUGUUUUUGAAAGAAGUCUCUUAUGCUCAAGCCUCCAUUUAUUUGAUCAAAAUGAAAAAAUUCAGGCUUGAUGGGCAUAAGUAUCAGGAAAUUUGUAUUACCUUGCAUGCAUGUCUGCUUAUGACCAAACUAAAUCUUCAUUUAUGUUUGUAUAUCAUAUAGUUUAUAUAAAUGUCCUUUAAGUUUCCAAUUUGGAAUAUUUCCUAAAUUCCCCAGAUUAACUCUUUCCCCGCCAGCGUUUUUUUUUUUUUUCACGUAACAAACGCUGUUUCUGCAUUUCUGAUGUUAAUCUGGAGUACCUAUAGAGUACUAUGACAUCCUUUAUAUCUCCAAGGAGUCUUUAGUUUAAUCAGAUUUAUAAAAGAAAGAUUAGCUUUACCGAAUCUUUCCGAUAACGUACGAAAAAAUGAAGAAGGAGGAGUGAUGAGCGAGUACGAGUUAUGCAACACUAUACAACAGUGUUUUAACUUAUGAUUCACUACAUGUUCGUGUCAUUUAUAUAAUAUGCACGCGACUAUUUCCAACAUAAGACAGAAGUCUUACUUACCACGUGCAACUCGUGACCCGGUUGGGAAAAUCCACCGCAUCAAACACACACGCAAAACUCCGCCGCUACCCCAGAUAAUAAACUAUAUCCAUCGUUUUCAUAAGGCUGGAUUUCUUCUCCUUACUUCCAAAAACACACUUCAUCUUUCGUGCCAUUGUUGACUUUUGAAAUUAAACAAAGCUGAGUGGCGUGAUAAGAUGUUUGCAAGGUCUAGCUUCUCCUGCUGAUUGACGGGUGGGCGGGGUUUUCCGGGGGAAGUGCCCAUAUAAAGAAGUGAUACGUAUAGAAAACCCCUAAACCGUCAGUUGGACCUGUAAUCGAAAAACACUUUCCGAAACUCGUACGAACCCUGGCGAAGUGCAUUCGGCACAGAAAUACUCUGUAACACGUCCAACUGCUUUUUUGACACUUUGCCUUCGUUUGGCAUGAGGAAACAACUCUAUAACUGUGUUAAUAAGUCAGAAUGCAUAAAAAUACCAUUGAACCCCACCUUAAAUGCCUUCCAGAAAAUGUUCUUCUUUAAAUAUAUAAACAUAUGCAAUAUAUCAAAUGAAAUAACAGACCCUCUGCUUUCAAAAAAAAAAAGUUCUCUAUUUAUCACCUCUUAAAUAUGGGUAGGUUUCUUCAAAAACACAAAAUUUUGAUUAAAAAGCUUGCGAUAAUUCCGACUUUUGAUAGCGAUCAGAUUCAGAGCGAUCUUUAAAACAUACACAGAGUUCUUUCUCUUUCACGUGAGGUGUUACUUCCGCGUUGUAUAAGUUGCCACCUGGUGGAUAAUAGCGGUAUUGGAGAAAGUCGUAAAUUCUCGUCAUUGGCAGGGAAGCGUUUUCUCUUAAUUGAGGAGAUAACUCGUCAAUGGCGGGGAAAGAGUUAAGUUCCCAUAGAAAGUUUCUGGAAACGUUCUGCUCGUUUGCAACCCUUGAUAUUUGUAAUGACCAAUUUUUAAUUUGGGGGUGAACUAUCCCUUUAAUAGUAAAGAUAGAGUCUGUAUUAUAUUUUUUGCCUUUUCCUGCGUGUGCAUUUAUACAGUGCAUUGUUUUCAUGAGCACAUUCAUUUACAUUUUUAUUGGUUAUAUACAGUUUGUGCUUAUGGUAUAGAAAAUGUAAUAUUUUCAUCCUCUGCGAGAAGCCAAAUCUUAUUCAUAUUAUUCAUAAAUACACAUCAUUUGUUUUUGCUUAUUUGGUUUACAGACAGACACGUCUGUGGUUUGUGAACUUGAUACUGUAUUUUAUGUGUGUUUUUUUUUGCGUUUUUUUUUUUUAAGAAUCAAAAAAACAACGUGCCCUGUCGUUACGACAGCAUGUCUAUUUAUAGACGUGUCCUCUGUGUCUUAAGUUAUUUGUCUUCCUACUGUGAUUUGUCCUGGGAUUUCCUGUUUUUCCUCUCUCCAUUUUUGCCUUCCAGCUUGACAUUAUUACUUCUUUCAUUUAUCCAUUUCAUCCAUAAGGUUUGUGUGUGGAUGAUACGCUUCCUUUCUUUUUCUUUUUGAAUUUUGAAAAUGUACUCCCAUAAUUCUAGGAUCAAAUAUUUGCCUUUGGUCUGCAAAUAGAAAGAGUGCAUCUCCCUGUAUUACUCAUUCUCUUGUGCCGUGUUUCAUCAGAAUAAUAUUUUCGGGCAGGGGUGCUGUUUUAUGAUAAUGCAGACGUGUAGCGUGAAUGAACAGUGCUGUGCUUUAUUCAGCUCAUAGCGUUUUGAUUGUGUUCACAGUUUGCAAUGCAAAUAAGUCUCUGUAACAGCUUCACGGUGCGUCCCGACACCACAUCCCUGCUUUUUUCUGUUGUUUUUCUUUCUGCGAAAAAUGCCAAAAUCCUCUAGUCAUUACGGUGGAUUCUGCUUAAUGAGUGAUUUUGUAGUCCACACUGCUUGUAGCCUUAACUGAGAAAGGAAAUAUUAGUUUUCUGCUGUAUAUUUGAUUUUUAAAUUCUAUUAAACAGUUGGUACUCUG